AUGGGCUUGUCUGCUGGCGUGAGAUCUCUUGACGUUGACGUGGAAGGCUCUGAGACUGAUGUAGUGAGCUCACUGGGAGAAGCAAGGAACUUCGCACUUGAAUCUUCUGCGUCUGUUUCUGGCACAUCAAUGCUGGGUCUCACUGUGAUCAAUGGCAGUGUCAUUAGGGUUAUAUUGGAGAGCGUCCAGCCCGAAGCCAGUCGCUAUACCAACAGCGCUAUCCCUGCUCUACUAUUAGAAGAGCCAGUUCUCGGCAGUGGAGUAAGGAGUGUUCCCGUGCCUGUUGCCAACGCCGUGGUCCCCUGCAAUUCCAGUGAAGCUGUGUUCCAUUGCGACGCCUCCACGUGUGUUCCCAAGUGGACCUUGUGCAACGGCAUUCCAGACUGCUACGACGGAAAAGAUGAAAGCGUUGCGCAGUGUGGUUGCCUGCCCAACGAGUUCCGGUGCAGUAAUUCCUGUGUCGACCUGGUGAGGCGCUGCGAUCGACAGCCUGACUGUGAGGAUGGGGAAGAUGAACAAGAAUGUGAAACUUACGUCUGUCCAGUUACGCACUUCAAAUGUAAUACCCACUUCUGCAUUCCGGGGGACAAUGUCUGUAACUUCGUUGACGACUGUGGAGACGGCUCGGAUGAGAAUAAGUGCUCUCACAGGAAGUGUUGGAACUUGGAAUUCAGAUGUAACAACGGGGAAUGCAUAAGACCUGGCUUCGUGUGUGAUGGAACCCAGGAUUGCAAAGACGGCUCGGAUGAAUCAGACUGUGGACAGGAGAUGUUCGUGGUGUGCGGUGACGGUUCGCGGGUGCAUCGCUACUACUGGUGUGACGGUUGGCCUGACUGCCCUGACAACCACGCCGACGAACUCAACUGUCAGAACUGCACUGGUGUCCACGAGUUCCUGUGCCCAAACGGACGCUGUAUCCGCCAAGCCAACGUGUGUGACUCGCAGUGCGACUGCGUACCCACUCCGGGAAGCAACGUCUUCCACCAGCCGUGCGCUGACGAGACCAAUUGCGACCUGUUUUACACCAACAUCAACGGCAUCCAUCUGUGCAACCCGUCUGUGACGCUUAACUGCAUCGAACCGAAUCAGAACAGAGACAAAGACCGCUGCAUUCACCCAGAAUUCAUCUGUGAUCAGACAAAUGACUGUCAGAAUGGAAACUAUCUGUCAGAUGAAUUUGGUUGCCCAAACGGGCUGGACGUAAUUGGUGAAAGCAUCUUAUGUUCGGACAACCGGUCGCUGCCAAAGGGUCUCAAAUGCGACUUCAAGUGGGACUGUCUGGAGGGAACUGAUGAGCUCAACUGCGAGCCCAGAGCUUGUGCUGAAGGAGAAUACAGAUGUUCAAAUGGCCAGUGUGUGAACUCAACCCAACGCUGCGACUUGCAGUUUGACUGCUGGGACAAGAGCGACGAAUUGAACUGUGAUGACGAAGAAUGUCCCGAGGGUAAGAAAAAAUGUUUUGAUGGUGGACAAUGCGUGGCGGAAUUCCUCUGGUGUGAUUUCAUCGUGGAUUGUCCAGAUGGUUCUGAUGAAAGAAACUGUGGUGUGAAGCCUCCACUAUGUGCCCCCAAUCAGUUCCAGUGCAACAACAGCCAGUGCAUUGAUGCUUCUCUGAGAUGCUUCAACUCUGGUAGCCCUCGGUAUGCUUGUGCAGAUGGAUCCCACCUCAUUGGAUGUAAGAACUGGACAUGCCCACCAGACACUUUCAAAUGCCGAAAUGGGCCUUGCCUGAAUCUGUCUUUGGUAUGUGAUGAGAAGAUUGACUGCCCUGGAACUUGGGUUGAUGAAGAUGGAUGCUUGUUUGCAUGCUCAAAUGUGGAACCACGUUGUGAAUGUCAGGAUAUACAUGUGAACUGCACAAACCUCCGUCUAGAGCGUGUCCCUCCUGAUAUUGAAGAGGAAAUGACUUGGUUUCAUUUGGCAGGUAAUCUGCUCAAUACCACUUUCUCUGAAGAUACUUUUGUGCAUCUGGACCGUCUUCUAUACCUAGAUCUGCAAAACAAUAGCAUCUCAAAUAUUCCACCAUUGGCAUUCCGCAACUUGUGGCGUCUGCUUACACUAAAUCUACAACACAACUAUAUCCGGACAUUAAGCAACAGCUCAUUUUAUGGACUGACCAAUCUCAGCAAUCUACACCUUCAAGGGAAUGGCAUUCAAACAAUCGAAGCCAUGGCAUUUUAUGGGCUUUCUUCUUUAAUUUUGCUAGACCUCAGCUGUCAGAACAUCAACAACAUCUCCGAGGCAGCUUUUGUUGGACUCAGGAGUCUUGUUGGGCUAGACCUGUCACACAAUAAAAUAACAUAUCUCGUUGAUGGAACUUUCAUUGGCAUGCCACAUCUAUUGUCUUUGGAUCUGAGUAGCAACACAAUCAACGUAAUAAGCAGUAAUGUGUUCCGGAGUGUAGCAUCACUCAAUAAAUUGAUAACUGAUGAGUUCCGGUUCUGCUGCUUGGCAAGACAUGUGGAGCUAUGCCUUCCUCCUCCUGAUGAAUUCUCAUCAUGUGAAGAUCUCAUGUCAAAUCUGGUGCUGCGCAUCUGUGUAUGGGUGUUGGGUGUGCUGGCCACAUUUGGUAACAUCUUGGUUAUUGCUUGGCGCAUACGUUUCAAACAUACAAAUCAGGUACACUCAUUCCUGAUCACAAAUCUGGCUAUUGGAGAUAUGUUCAUGGGCUCAUACCUGCUUAUAAUUGCUGGAGUGGAUGCUCGCUACCGUGGUGUGUACUUCAUCCAUGAUUCCACUUGGCGAAGCAGUGAACUAUGCCAUCUGGCAGGUUUUAUCAGUACCUUUUCCAGUGAGCUCUCUGUGUUUACACUUACAGUCAUCACACUGGACCGUUUUCUAGUCAUCAUUUUCCCAUUCCGAGUGCGUCGUUUGGAGAUGCCAAAGACAAGACUGCUGAUGGCAUUGGGAUGGUUAGGAGCAGCCAUUUUGUCUGGUCUACCUCUGUUACGCAUUGACUAUUUUCGGAAUUUCUAUGGGAGAUCCGGAGUAUGCCUGGCUCUACACAUCACACCUGAAAAGCCAAGUGGCUGGGAAUAUUCUGUCUUUGUAUUCUUAUUUCUCAACUUAAUAUCAUUCUCGAUCAUCGCUCUGGGCUACUUGUGGAUGUAUGUAGUGGCUCGAACAACUCAGCAGGCUGUGCAGAAGGAACAACGCCCAUCAGAUAAUGCUAUGGCUCGACGCAUGACCCUCAUUGUGGCUACUGAUGCUGCUUGCUGGAUGCCUAUCAUUCUUCUGGGGGUUCUCUCACUAGGUGGGAUCACUGUACCUCCACAGGUGUUUGCUUGGGUAGCAGUAUUUGUCCUGCCAUUGAAUGCAGCUGUGAACCCUGUCCUGUACACCAUUUCAACAGCACCAUUCCUGGGACCAGCACGGCGGGGUCUGAGGACAUUCAAGCGUUCCUGCAAGCUGUCACUGACAAUGGACCAGCGCCGUACGUACUCCUCCACACUGGGCUCGACAUAUGCAAAUAACUGUAGUCGCUGUGAUCUUGACUACAACCUGUAUCCAAGACUGGAACAGACGAAUGGGAAACUCCAGGAAGAUGGUGGGAGCUGUCACUGUGAUGAUGGAAAUGAGAUUGACACUGAGCAGGAUAUAAAAAACGAAGCAACUUUAUUUGCACUUAGUAAAAGACAUCAGAAAAUACACAGAUGGAGAUCAGGAUCAUACCGUAACACUACAAAUGUGGCACGUUAUUCAUCAUCUGCUUCUGCUGUUCUCUGGCAGUCUAGUAGCUGUAGGCAUGUCAAUUCAAGUAUCGACACUGCCAUCUCUACUCGGGGUGAGGUUAUCCCUCUUCGACGCCUCCACAGUGAUUCUCGUGGUAAUGGAAACAAAUGACAACCGGUGGGAAAAGGACGGGAUAAACGAAGUAAAGAGAGGUUACGGCAGCUGUACGACUGACUCAAGCAGCUCUGCUCUAUUUGGAAGGUGUAUGGUCACCAUGACUGAUGGCAUAAUUCAGGAUUAUCAGUGUCAGAAGAAGUAAGGGUAGGGACUGAGUUAAAACGCACAAUGAAAUCAGUAAAUUAAAAGAGAAUAUUAUUUCAUCUGUUCAAAAUCAUAUUCCUGUUGCUUUCGAACUAAAGAAAUUUAACAAUUUUCAAGAUGAUCUGUUGUGAUUAGAUCCCAAGGAAAGGGAAUAACCAGAAGGAUUUUAAUCUGGAGUAGUGACAUACCAUGUAUGAAUUUCAUAUGCAGAUUUGCGUGGUAAAUAUACAGACAGACUGUAUUCCCAGGCUUAAAAGUUUCACAUAAAAACAGUCAUUUUACACUAUUUUAUAUUAAGACAAAUAGUUGUGGUGUUGAAGCCAAUAUGUGAAAGCAACAUUCCUUCCAGACAUCGUACAUCUAUUAGAGCAUUAAGAAGCUCUCAAACAGAUAACAUAAGAAGACAGGAGAAAACAAGAAUUGCCAUAAUCACUAAUGGCAGGUGAUAUCAGUGCAUUUUCAAGCCCAUAAUACAGUGUGUGUUAAAAUUUUAUAUAUUUUGCUGUAGGUAUUCUAGAGGUUGUGAAACAUGAACAGUUAAUGAUACGAGUAAAAAGAGGAGAUAAUGAAAUCUAAACCAUUUGCAGUAACUCUUCACAGUCUCUUGAACUUCAUGAAGAUCUACAAUCAGUGUAUUGUGGAGUCAGCAUCCAGAGAGUAAACACACCAAACACAAACACUUACUAUAUAAGAACCAACCUGGUUCGUAAGACAGGAGAAAACUUUGUAGCUAUGAAACCAAAGCACAGCUAUUUAUUUAUGAUUGAGAGGCAUAGACAAUGAGACCAGACAGCUCAGAUAGUGACUUAUGACCAACUAGUGACAAAACUAGGAAGAUUAGGAUCCUAGCAUGAGUGGAAACUUCCUCCUCUUCUCACCAUGUUCAGACCCACUUGUUGCACAGUGACUACAGUGUGUGUAGCUGAUGAUUCAUCUAACACAUUUCCAAAUAUUUCAUUGAUGUUCCCUGAAAUGGUAAACUGUGUUAUUUUUACCUUAGCAUCAAAUUAUUGUAAUAUUCUGCCUUUAAUACUUGUUCACAUUGCAGUCCUGUGAAUCUCACAAAAACGAGAUGAGAAGCUGAAGUUGAAGUUCUUACAUUUGAUAAUAAAUGAAGCUGUUGGAGCAGAAAUAGAAAAUAUUUUAAUAAA